AUGUCUUCAAGGUCCAAGUCUGCUACCAACACAAAGAAGAGCACUAACUACAAGAAAAACGAUUUCGUAGUACCGUUAUCGACCAUAUCAAUCGAGCAUGAUGCCUCUGAGAUCAUCACGCCGAGUAACUUCCCAUGGAAAGAACUCUUUCCAGACCUAGAUCUAUCCAAUCCCAAUCUCAAGAACCCAUUCACGGGGAGUCUAUUCAAGAAAGGUCACCAUGGAAGUUCUGGUGGAAAGAAAGCGUCAGACUUCAAGUCAUUCAAAUUCGGCUUCUGUCUCGAGUUCGUCUUGAGUAAGGAAGAUAGCAAAACCUGGAUUCGAUGCGGGAACCAGUUCACUGUCAAAUCACAACAGUGCACGACACAUAGCAAGACGUUACACAAAGAUGGCCCCAACCAGAUCUGGGAGUUAAUGGCUGAUGGGCGGGAGGGCAAUUGGGGAAUGCUGAAGAAUACUCAUAUCCAAGAAGAGGAGAAACAUCUAACCAAGAAAGAGCGAGAAAAGCGAUGUUACGAAGGGUUUGCAGCAGCAGCUGAGAACGGUGUAGAGUCGUGGACUGACGAACAGGCUGUAUAUCGACAUGAGCAGGUAAUCGAACAGAAGCGUAGUAAAGACGCCCGUGGCACAGCUCGUAGCAAAGCAAAGGGUGGAUGUGAGGAGUCGGAUGGCACAAAGAACACCAUUGCUUCGAGGGGUGCCAGGCGCAAGUCCGUGGAAGGUAUUGCGGCAUUGAACAUGAAGCUGACAAGGAAUCCAAACCAACGCGGCUUUAAGUCACAGCUAGGCCGUAUCAGGGAGAACACAGACGACGGUUUUUGGUAG